UUGGUUAAAACGUAAAUGUUAAUUGUAGCUUAACAGAAAUAUGUUAUAUUCCAAGGUCCAUUGUUUUACCCCGUAGUAUCAUGAAGCUGGCUACCCCUCGAAAGACUGCUCAAAUCUAUUCAGUGAAUUGAUUGAAGAUGGAAAGCUGCGUGAACAAUACAUUCCGGAAGCUUUGACAUACAAUGAAAAGGAACUGUUUAGGGCAUCAUCUGUGGGGAAGGCUUUAACAAUGUUGAUGAAGUCAUUCUCAUGGUAGGUACGAAUGCCAAGACUAUCGUUUAUGAAGACCGCAGAUUUCGUCGCUGCAAUUUUGUGCAAUAGCAACUUACAAUCUACCAGCAUCCAUGGUGAUCGUCUUCAGAGUCAGCGUGAGCAAGCGCUUCGUGACUUCAAGGAUGGUAUUGGAAAUAUCCUCGUGGACACUAAUGUUGCUGCCCUUGGUUUAGAUAUUGCCGGCACAAACUAUGUCGUAAAUUAUGACUUGCCAACUGAUAUAGAAGAGCAUGUUCAUCGUGUUGGUCGAACAGGCCGCGUCGAAAUGUUGGCUAAUCAGUAAGCUUCUUUGACGAACU